AUGAGGGAAAAGAAGGAAAGGAAAGAGAAUGAACAGCUUCCACUCAAACGUGCAAAUUUAUAUGCAAAGGAUGAGUGGAGCUGUUCCGACUCGCGGCUUGUGGCUCGGGUUCAUCUUCACCCAGCGAUACCCCUUCUUCUACUCCUACCACCAGCGCUACCGCUGCUCCGACCCCUACAACCACCACUACCCCCGCCAGCGCCAGAGCCUACUGAGACUACACCACCUCCUCCACCGGCUCCGACACCUGCUACUCCCACGACUACAGCAACUCCACCUACACCGCCCUCAGCUCCUGCAUCUACUGCAUCUCCUACUGCAACCGGUCCCGUUUACCCCGGCGCCGUUUCAAGCUGCAAGAACUACGUCCUUGUCGUGUCUGGUGACUACUCCUUCAGCCACAAUGAGUAA